AUGCGCGGAUCUCGUGGAGUGAAAUCGGGGACAUAUGACUUCGAGGCCAACAAGGCCUUGCUCAAGCUCUACCAAUUCUUUCCGGACCUGUGCCAGCCGGAGAAGGUUGCUCUCGUUCUCGCGAAGGCGCUGAUGAACGUGCCGAGCACGGACUUCAUGGCCUUGAUGUACAUCGUGCCGCCGAACCUGCACCGGUGCGAGCCUGUGCACUCGCUAAAGAGGGCGGCGGACUCGUUGGAGACGGCCAAAUUUGUCGACUUUUGGCAGACCUGCGCGGACGGGGACAUGCCAGCCUUGAUAGAGAGCGUACCCGGGUUCAAGAAGCACAUGCGUGUGUUUAUCGUCCACACCCUGGCCACAACCUUCCAAGACUCGACGCGACAGAACAUGGAGCAGUGCCUCGACUUGGACGGAGCCGAGCUAGCGUCGUUUGUGGAGGCGAACGCGGACGUCGUAUCGGCGUCGCCGGACGGAUCAAAGUUCAAGUUUGCUCUGAACGAGUUCAACCAGAUUCAGCCCAAGAAGUUCAAGGAGUCGGUGGAGUUCGACAAGAUUCUCAAGACCAUCGACAAGCUUUCCAGCUUUUAAACGACGACCCUGCAGGCCGCUGAAGUAGUAGUCCCUGAACAGUAGGAACAGAGUCUCCAAUUGCGAGGGCCUAGUACAAGUUGGUAAUUGUGGGGGCCUAGUACAAGUUGGUUCACACAUAAAAGCGUUUGAGAGGUGUGAAGCUGGACGGCCGAGUGUGGAAAGUACGUACUCGUUCGUACGUGCACGAAUUGGACUUGCGUGGUAUUCUUGAUGACGACCGAGGGAAGGUCUCCAACGUUUUUCGCGACGAAGGUGACGGCAUGCACUGCGGAAGACCUCUUCUGUGGGACCCCUGGAUAGUUGUGCCUCGGUAUAUACGAAAAACAGACCGCAAGGGAGGCAGAAAGUG